AUGGUAUAUAACAUAGGUACAGAUCCUCUUGUCACCGAGUUACUUGCGUACUUCCAUAGGAAAUUGAAUUUGGAAUUAUUUUCAGAAAUUACUGAGAUGAUCGCCCUAUUUGUAGCUGUUUUUGCCUUUGUGACACCCUUCACACUGGGGUAUGAUGAGAUUUAUGAUAAGUUGGACGUGGACAAGAUUCUUGCUGACGAUGCCUUGUUUACAAGUUACAUCAAUUGUUUGUUAGAUAAGGGUGAAUGUAGUGUUGAACACUCGGCUGAUUUUCGAAAACUGAUUCCUGAGGUGAUAGCGACUGCAUGUGCCAAAUGCACAGACAUCCAGAAGACGAACGUACGGAAAACAGUUAAGGCACUAACUGAGAAAAGACCGACCGAAUUCGACCAAUUCCGUGCUAAGUUCGACCCUAAGAGUGAAUACGAGAAGGCAUUCACCGCUUUCGUCAUGGCAUCUGACUAA